AUGCAGGCUUUCUCACGAUGCGCUAGACCCUUGAUGCAGAGCGCGCUGCGCAGGCAAGGAUACUCAACUUCCACCAGUGCAUACGCUUCAACCGCAGAAAACCUUCGGAUCACAAAAGACACGAAAGUCAUCUUCCAAGGGUUCACUGGAAAACAGGGGAGCUUCCACGCCGAACAAGCUAUCGCAUACGGUACCCAGGUUGUUGGUGGAACAAAUCCAAAGAAGGCCGGGUCAACACAUCUUGACCUUCCAGUUUUCGCCAAUGUCGCAGAUGCAGUAAAGCAGGCCGGAGCUACAGCGUCGGCCAUCUUCGUACCCCCACCCGUUGCUGCCGCUGGUAUCGAGGAAGCUAUUGCUGCAGAAAUCCCAUUAGUUGUUUGUAUCACUGAGGGAAUUCCACAACAUGACAUGGUCCGCAUCACAGACAUCUUAAAGACUCAAGGAAAGACGCGUUUGGUGGGACCCAACUGCCCAGGUAUUAUCGCGCCAGGACAAUGCAAGAUCGGUAUUAUGCCUGGAUUUAUCCACAAAAGAGGUCGUAUUGGUAUCGUUUCUCGAUCAGGAACUUUGACCUAUGAGGCCGUCAACCAGACUACACAGGCCGGCCUUGGACAAUCGCUCGUUGUUGGAAUUGGUGGUGAUCCCUUCUCUGGAACUAACUUCAUUGACUGCUUGAAAGUUUUCUUGCAGGAUGAAGAAACCGACGGUAUCAUCAUGAUCGGAGAAAUUGGAGGGUCUGCCGAGGAAGACGCUGCCGAGUUUUUGAAAGAAUACAACACCGCUAAGAAGCCAGUUGUCAGUUUCAUCGCCGGUAUUUCUGCACCACCAGGACGAAGAAUGGGACACGCUGGUGCCAUUGUUAGCGGUGGAAAGGGAGGAGCUGAUUCAAAGAUCUCGGCUCUGGAGGCUGCUGGUGUCAUUGUUGAGCGAAGUCCUGCCAUGCUCGGGAAGACAUUACACGCAGAAUUUGUAAGACUUGAUAUGGUUUAG